AUGGCUUCGGCACCGUCCAGCGUCCCGGCGGGGAUGGAAAACUUCACCGUCGGGCUGAUUGGCAUGGGCGACAUGGGCAAGAUGUACGCCGACAGACUGUCGGAAGCUGGCUGGAGAAUCCUGGCGUGCGACAGAGAAGAUAGAUACGAUAGCCUUAAAGAAAAAUACAAUGGCAAAAAGAACAUUGAGAUUCUGCGCAACGGCCACUUCGUAUCCCGCGCGAGCGACUACAUCAUCUAUUCGGUCGAGGCGGCUUUUAUUGAUCGUGUGAUUGCUCAAUAUGGACCCUCAACCAAGAUGGGCGCCAUCGUCGGCGGCCAAACCUCCUGCAAAUCCCCCGAGAUCGAGGCCUUUGAAGCUCAUCUCCCAUCAGACGUCUACAUCGUCUCAUGCCACUCCCUCCACGGCCCCGGCGUCGACCCCCAGAACCAGCCCCUGGUCCUCAUCCAGCACCGCGCUCCCGACGAAGCUCUCCGUAAAGUUGAAAUCGUGCUCAGCUGUCUCAAGUCGAAAUACGUCCAUCUCACAGCCCAGGAGCACGACCGCAUCACGGCAGAUACCCAGGCCGUCACACAUGCUGCGUUUCUCUCCAUGGGCAAGGCGUGGCACGCAAACAGGCAGUAUCCCUGGGAGCUCAGCCGGUACGUCGGCGGUAUUGAAAACGUCAAGAUGAACAUUAUGCUGCGCAUCUACUCGCAGAAAUGGCACGUCUACGCCGGCCUGGCGAUUCUCAACCCGGAAGCCCGCAAGCAGGUCGCCCAGUACGCAAAGUCCACCACGGAACUCUACAAGCUCAUGCUCGAGGGCAACUUUGACGGCCUCAAGGACCGCAUCUACGCCGCCCGCGACCGCGUCUUCGGCGCGUUCAAAUCAUGGGCCUCACGCCCACUCCUCGAGCCCUCCAUCCUCACGGCCUUUUCCCUCGGCACACCCACCCCCGAAGAACCCGCCCGGCCAAACAACCACCUAUCCCUCCUCGCAAUGGUCGACUGCUGGGCGGCCCUCGGCAUCGUGCCCUACGACCACAUGCUCUGCAGCACGCCCCUCUUCCGGCUGCGCCUCGGCGUAACGGAGCAUCUCUUCCGCAACACGGAGAUGCUCGACGAGACGCUCCGGACGGCGGUGGACGACAAGCGGUACCGGAGCGAUGACUUGGAGUUUACCUUUGCGGCGAGGGGGUGGGCGGAGUGUGUUACGCUGGGGCACUUUGAGACGUGGGAGAAGCGGUUUGUGAGCACGCAGGAGUUUUUCCAGCCGCGGUUUGCGGAUGCGAAGAAGGUUGGGGAUGAGAUGAUGAAGAAGGUGCAGGCGAGUAUGGAUGAGGCGUUGAAGAUGGAGGAUAAGUGA